GUCGGUCGUUUAGAGCAGCGGAACUGGAUAUGUUUUAAUUAGACAGUGGGCGGACCGUGACCGCAGCGCGGCGGCAUUGCUUGUGAUGAUAUCAUAACACUGCAACUGACGAACUGCGCGUUGGCCUUCGGCAUCCCAAAUGACCGCCGCAGAUACUGUAAAACGGGAGCAACCAAAACAGGCCAGUCAUGGGGAAUAAGAGGAGACGGAAGGAUGCCAGUUGAGCCCCACCAUCCUUCUGCAGUGAGACCGCAGCAAGUGUCAGAAUAAAGAGACGUAGACGAUGGCUCAGUCCGUGAGGAGGAUGGACAUCUCUAUCGAGCACAAGCCGCAGAGGGACAAGACCCGGACCAGCUACUUUGGCAAUGUGAAGAGCAGGCUUGGUUCAAAACUCCCUUCAGGGGUCUCUCAGCCUCCAACGUUCGCAAAGCCGCCUUGGGACAUUCAACCUGUUGUCCAAGGCUUGAAUGAGCCUUCUGUCAGCAACCUGUAUCACCAUCAGUACCGAACUACUCCAGUCCAACCUUUGGACCACAUCCCGCACAUUCGAAACCCAAUUUUGCGGCAGUAUUACCUGCAAGGCACCUCAUGGGACACCAACACAGCUGUGAAGCAAGAGCUAAAGGGAAAAUUAUCAAAUGCGGGCAAAAGCAGCAGUACGGAUGAGUCAGUGUUCAGUAUCUCAUCCCGGUUCGGCGGCAGUGACACAGCUCCCUGCUCGCAUUCCCGGUCACAAUCGUCACCUUUGUGCUCUGCUCUUUUCCGUAUGGAGCAGCAGCAAGCAGAGGAGGGAAAGAGCACCGUAGAAGCCAGCUUGGUUGCUUCUAAGAAGAGGAUGAUGCUGGAGAUGGACUCAGAUAUCUCGGAUCGACAUGCUGCUCCUGCCCAGUCACCUUUGCCGGAAGCAGAAUAUGACAAACUACUGGAUGUAGAGGCGGUUCCAAUGCCUGACGGACAGCUUUGCCUUUUGGCCCUACCGCCCGAAUGCUGCCCGGGCGAGGGACCAGAUGCCACGCCUUACCUCAAAUUGUUCUGCCGCCACAUCACUGACCGUAAGGGCAUCGUUUCCGGUAUCCUCCUGGUGACGACAAACAAGCUCUUUUUCGACCCGUGCAAGACGCACCCACUAGUGAAGGAGCACGGCUGCGAGGAGUACCUCCUGUCAUGCUCCGUAGACAAGCUAGUGUCUGUUUCGUUCUUCUCCGACAUCUCACAUGUUCGUUUUCACUCCUCCCAGCAGAGAAAAGGGAAAAAACUUUUCCACAGGAUCAAAACUGCCAAAAGCCAAGAGCAGAAGGGGGAGUCACUUUCACUUCUAGAACCUGGAGCACUUUCCAAUUUGAGCCUUAAUGAAGAAACUGCUGCAGGAAUUGAGCAAACUGAUAGUGAAAACGCGUCUGAAAAAAAACAGCUUGAUAAAAGCCCAUCUGAGGUGUUGUCGGAAGCUUCUGGAGGUGCUCUAGGUGUGGCCGCUACCUUCUGCUGCGGAGCUCCAGAGUUGCCCGGUCAAGGGAGGACUGAUGAGUUGCCGUCUUCUUCUGUGAGCAGCCCGACUCCAGUGUCUGAAAGGUCCCCAGCAGGAAGUCCCAGGUGUGUUAUGUUUGUCCGACUGCGGGUUCAGUCGUCUGCUGGACAGAAAAGGCGUGUUGGAGGGUUUCAGUUUGGCGUGACUGAGCCGACCGCUGCCGUACGGGAAGCUUGGAUUGCACUUUCACAAGAGAGCUCCGAUGAACUGCACGCCUUUCUCGAGCACCGUCGACCCGACUUGCGUCUGCACACGGGAGAAGAGGACGGGGAGGCAGAUUACAAUGAAGAGGAGUUUGUACUGGUGGAGGAUAAAGACGAAAAGGAGCUGGAGGACAUGUUACAGAAGCAGCAGAGCUCUGGGGAUGACUGGGAGAUGGUGUUGAUGGAGGACAACAGGGAGAAGCAAGGCCUACUCACUGAACGAGACCCUGAAGGAAUUAAUGCCAUUGUGGAAAAAAGCCAUAUUUUGGAAGCCUCACAUGUCAGAGAGCUGUACAAAGAGAUGCCCCCCAAAACAGUGGGCUAUACCUGGCAGCUGGCGUACAGCACGUCUUGCCACGGCUCCAGCCUCAAGUCCCUCUACCGCAAAGUGAGCCAAGCGGACUCGCCCAAUCUGCUUGUCAUCAAAGAUACUCUGGACGAGGUAUUCGGGGCGUUCCUCUCGCACCCGCUAAGGCUCAGUGAGGCGUUUUACGGAACGGGAGAAACAUUUCUCUUCAUGCUGCAUCCUCGAUUUAAGUGCUUCAGAUGGACUGGAGAGAAUUCCUUUUUCAUUAAAGGGGACUUAGACUCAUUCGCCAUUGGCGGAGGAAGCGGUCACUUUGGUCUAUGGGUGGAUGAGAAUCUGUACCUUGGCCGAAGCAGCCCCUGUUACACCUUCAAUAACUGUUGCCUCUCAGAAACAGACGACUUCCGGAUCAUGGAACUGGAGGUGUGGACAUUUUGCUGAGGCGUCCCACCUUUUGCUAGUUAUCACCGGCUGUUAUUUCACAGUACCAGUCAGGUCGGACAGUUGGAUUUAUUCACACUGUUGAACGGAUUAGGAUGAGUCAACUUUUGGAGCGCUGGCUGCCACGAGGGACAAUUUAAUGGAUGACGCAUUCCUGCGGGCAUGCUCUCAGAGACUUUGCUCCAUGUGUGAAUCAGUUAUUUAUUAUGCAAACGGCUCUGCAUCUUCAUGCCGGAAGCCACAGUUUGUAAAUAUAUUAUUAUGUGUGUUCUAAUGCUCCUGUCUUGACAGGAUCUCAUCAUUACAUGUCAAGAGGCUGGUAAAAUAAAACAGAUGGCAUGUGUUAAGAAUUAAUCAUAAUUUUCUUUAUUUUAGGCUGACUUCUGGUGCUGCUUUUCCAUUGUGGGGGUGGAUUUAAAGUGAAUUUAGACUCAUUGGCUGCAAUAUUAGAGCCAUUUGUAUGUUCUAAUAUUUUAUCAAAAAAGGUGAUUUUCCCCAAGUAAACUAUGCAUGCUUUUACAUCUA